GUGCAUUUCAGAACGAAACAUUCGGUUGAAAGAGCUAGACCAAAGAAAACUUAAGCAUGUUUAAUAAUAGGAGAAACCAACAUUAUUCAUUUACUUAGUCUUACAAAAACAACCAUCGAUUUUUUGAUUGUCUGGUUAUCUUGGUCCUUUAGACAUCUGAGCUCUUCGCCUGCUUUUGGAAGAGGAUCAAAUCCACGGCGAUGGAAGAAAUUGUGUGUUUGGACUCUUUAAAUACAGCUUGUAUUGGCCCUGUCACUACGGGUGAGAAAGGUUUGAAUUCUGAUGUUGAAUAGCAAGUAACUGUCCUUGACCAUGAUCCAUGAUGUGUAGUAAUUGUCGAAUAUGUUAUUUAUGCUAAAAGUACAAUGCUUAUGACCGGCGGGGAAGGCGUUGUUCUAGACCGGACGUUACUACUUUCAGAGAAAUGAACUAGCAUGCCAACAAACUUUGGAAACAAAGUUUAUAAGUAUGCCAUAUUUACGAUCGCUGUUUCCUUUUUUCAAAAACCAUCUUUUUUGUUGUUCUACCGUUUUUAAUAUGACAAUUUUUGCCUUGAAGAGAAGAAGCUAGAAGAACAUUCUGUUUUUCAUCUCCGCUUAAUCAUAUUUGUCAAGGAAUUCUUGCCAUAUUAAAUAAGCUUCUGGUUUUGUGUGGUAACUGCUGGCAUUUCAUUUACGAUAUUUUUUUAUCUACAAAUUUUAAAAUAUAGGAAAACUUUUUUGCCAUGAAAAUAAAAUAUGUCAUCAAAAAUGUUUAAUAUGUUCAGUAUUGACAACAUGGCAUUAUUAGUUAUUGAAAUUUAAGUUAUUGAAAAUUAUCAUAGGUCUUAGCGCACCUUAAAAAGACAAUUAAAAUUGGUGACAAAUUUUAAAACGAACACAUCUGUUGAAAGCGACUCGGUGUAAAGUGUAAUUACUUAAAAGCACAGUUAUCCAUGUAGCAGCGACGCAGCGAUCUUCACUGAGCCAACCAGACACUGAAGAAAAGACAGAAUAUAUUUUGUAGAUUCAAAAAUUCAAAAACCUCGGAAAAACUGGCAGACUUAAUAUUCAUUAACGUGACGCUUUCUUGUUUAAUCUUAAUUGCCUUAGCUCGCAUAAUACAACAAAAUUAUACACGAAAGUGCCAAGUCAUAUGUCUGUUGUCGGAAAAAAAAAUUUCAUAAUAAUAUCAUGGUUGACACAUUUGACUCUCUUCUCUGAGCGCGAAUUUCAGUAUAACUUCACAUGUGAAAUUACAAUAUUGCUAUGGCAACGUUUUUUGAUCUUAGUGCCGGACUAAAGAUGCUACGAAUGAUGGUAAACAACAAGGAGGAUUCUUAACGUCUUUUUGUCGAAAUAUUUAGGAAAAUGGGACAGAAAGCCAAAACGUAUGCUUUGAAAAUUAAAAGCGAGAAAACAAACUUGGUAUUCGAAUUUCGAAGAAAACAACAAAAUAAGAAAAGCCAUGGAAUAAGUACUAUUCAUAUUCUGUAUGCGUGCGUGUCAUAGAACCUACACUUAAUUAACUACUCUGAUCUGCCGAGUAUAGUACAGUCGAUGCUGAUUUUGAAACUAUUGUAGAUUAAUUCGUAGAAAGAACACCGCAAGAGUGCCAAGUAAGACAACUAAAAUCAUGCCAAAAAUUCGAAGAAAAGGAUAUGAAUGAUCGAAGUGUGUUUGAUUCAUAACUUUGUGAGUGUACGUGCGGAAUUUGUCUUUAGUCUAAUAUCGAUUCUGAUGAGGCUUAAUUGGUCUUAAGAAAUUAAGCUAUUGAAGCCGAAAAUGCCAAGUUCUUUUAGAAAGACAGCCGUAACCUCACUUAACUACACGCUGGGUUUUUUUUUUGACAGCACGUUAUUAAAUAAAGAAAUAAAUUUGUUGCAGGUGUUAUUCUGAAUUUUCCAAAAUUGAAAUUUAUAAAAUUCGCUUUGCCUUUAUUACAGUAUCGCGGUAGGUGUCUUCUCAUGAGUGCAUGGUUUUGGAGCCGUAAGACUUUCUUGGUCGGCUGUCAAUAGUCGGCGUCUUGAUCAAACACCUUUUUUGAUAGUCUCUUGAGGGUGGUGACGUUAUCAUCGCGCAGAAUGCCUAUUGUUCUCGGGACAUUUACUUCCAGUUCAACAAAGUUUGUAGAUCUGUCAUAUCACGCGUUAUUAUGCGUGGACGCUAUGAAAGCGCCUCAACGAUUGGUUGCCCUGAACGCACUUGGUAAAAAAGUUAAACCACAGAGCGAAUGAUGAAAUGUCGAAUUAUCUCUACGCAAGCGAGAUCUUGAUUGUGUCGUAAAUAAAUACACUGCGCGCCUUGAGUGUUAAGCGCGCAGAAGCCGUUAGACGCUCAGUAAAGGUCUGUAAUCAGUGUGUAAUGUUGUGCUUCCGUAUUUGAAAGCGUUUUAGCUCUUAUUCAAACCAAAACGGCUGGUACAUAAGUUUACAUUUCUUAACGCAGCUCAAACUGACUAAUUGCUUUGCCUUAAAAAACAGAGAUCAGCGAUCCGAGUAGCAAUCGGAAGAAAGUUCGACACACAGGCGAUUCAGUGUUCUCAUCUAUUCCAAUCUUUACAAACAAAUUUUAAUUUGUAGGGUGGCUGGUUGGAGUCACUGCGCGUACAGCGAUAAACAGAAACCUUUCUUUGUCUAAUAGGCGACAUCCAUUGGUGUUUUACGAACUUUAAAUGCAAGCCAGCAGUAUCGAUCAGUAUUCAAACUUCGCGCGUCGAAAGCCCUGAGCCCUUAUUUUAUCAGCCGAUUUGCAUAAACAAUCUGUUUACAGAUGACUGCAUUUAGGUUAUAACGAUGAAGUUUAGCUGCUCAUUGUUUAUUCAUGGCAACCAUUGUUAUACUGUAAGACAAAGACUUCACUCUGAACACGCGCGAAUUUUGAGCCUCGGAUUUUUAAGGGCAAAAGUCCACAACUUCUUCUGCUUAAAUUUAGACGAAAAAGCUAUCAAUGUGUAGGGGAGAUGUGCAUCUUCCAUAAUCCGUUCUUUCGUACGGAGUUUGUCGCUUAUUUGGACAAAAAAAAUUUAAACUGAAUUUUAAUGCGGUCUUAACCCAUACUAAAAACACCGAAAAUACAGAGUUUUGAAAGCAAAAAGUCUGCAAGUUAAUCUUGUUAAAUUUUCCUGGUGUUUAUGUAUUGUUGAAGAUUUGCCAUUUAACUACAAAGAGCUAUAGAAUAUAAGCAUUUUAAAAUGGCGAUCGUAGUGAGUGGUCUUCGCCAAAUUCGUUCAUUUUCUCUCUUAUUGUGGCGCUUUUGUCGGGCGUUCAUGCUUGAUUAGCCUGCUGCUGUAAAACAUUAUUAUGCGUAAAUGUCCAGCCAUUCUGCCCGAUGCGGAAUGAUCAUCGGACUGAACAUCGGAUUCGUAAUCGAAUUCUUAAUCGCAGUCGUAAGCGUAGUCUGUGAUAACCUCGACGAAACCUUCUUACGAUCGAGUGAAAAUCUGUUUUUCGUAGACCAAAUUAAAGGCGGAGAAAUAAGCAGUCUCAAUACUUAUUUUCACACGUUGUGUUUAAUUAGUUUGUUGUUCUGGUUAAGCUGGUGACCUCGAACUCUUGUUCCGUCGCUAGUGAAACAAGCCUUUAGAAAUUUUUAUCACACCACCCAACGUUGUUUCAAAAUCCUUUCUCUACCUUCACACUUAUAAAAUGACCUUUAGAGCAUGCGCUGCAAGUUGGCAGGAUACAGUUUGGAACCCAGCCUUAUAGCCGGGUGCUUGGUACAGCGGGGGCAGUUUAUCACCAUCGGCUUAUCAAUAAAAGGAUGGUCGCUCUCGAAAAUCCAGUUUAACGAGAGAAAACAAGAAAUUCGGGCGGCGGCGACUUCAAAGGCUUGACGCGAUUCAGGCAUGCGCAGAGCUUCUUUUUCUCCCCAUCGAUGAUCAAUACAAAGACAAAAGGAAACUCUGUUUGCAAGGUGAUUUUCCUAGGCAUUAAUAUAAGCAGAGCUGAAAAACAGUAUUUUUAAACUUCUGGUUCAAUUACUGUACGCGUCCCUGAUAGUGUGUUAAAAACAACAAUAUUUUUCAGUUUGAUAUUUUAAAGACUUAUUCAUUCCCCAGCCAAGGUUAUUAUUUAAUGAUAAUAACAAUCACAACAAUUGUGAAAUUAUUAUUAUUAAUAUUAUUGUUACAAAUAUAAGAAUAUUAUUGUAACUUUAUGACCCUUCUUUUAACAAACAAUUUUUGCUUGAAACUGGCUUUGUUGUAUUUGAAACUAGUUAUCAAUCGAAAUGAUUGUGAAUGGUUUUUAUUAUAGUUUUGUUGUCAAAUUAAAUAUUUGCACUAAUUAAAAAUUAUUAUUAAUAAUAAUAUUAUUAUUAUUAUUAUUAUUAUUAUUGUUAUUAUUUGACUCAGAAUUUAAGCAAGGGGAGGGGUAUUGAAGCCCGACAGUGCCUUCCAUCUACCCUCGAGACCAGCCUCUGCCGGCAGCAUGCAGCAGCCGGGAAAAUGAUAUUUUCCAUUUUUCAAUUAUGAAUCUGCCUUUUUCAAUAAAGCUCUUCCAAGACCGUGGGGUAGGAACAAGAUCAUAUGUGUUAUUAUUACUAUUAUUAUUGUUAUCAUUAUCAUUAUCAUUAUCAUUAUCAUUAUCAUUAUCAUUAUCAUUAUCAUUAUCGUUAUCGUUAUCGUUAUCGUUAUCGUUAUCGUUAUCAUUAUCAUUAUCAUUAUCAUUAUUAUUAUUAUUAUUAUUUUGUUUUUCAUUUUUAUUAAAAUAUUAUCAUUAGAAUUAUUAUAUUAUCAUCAUCAUUAUCGUUAGCGCUAUUGCUAUCGUCAUCAUUAAAGUUUUACUAUCAAAGAUAUUUCGUUUAUUUUACAACAGAUUCAUUGGCUCGAAAGACGAAAACGAAAGAAGAAAACAAAGAAGGUGAAAAUUUUAUUUCAAAUCUUCAGACAAAGUAAUGUUGAAGGUACUAAUGUAGGGUUAGCGGCGGAAAAGUCUGCAUGUCGAUAUAGUCAUUUUCACGGCCAAUCAGCAGAGAUUACACAUCACAGAUCUACCUCAUUCCCUUUCCUAGCAAAAGAAUUUUGUUGUAUAACUUCUCUUACGUAACGGUAUUUCGUAUAUAUUUUAAAAUUUGUAUAUCUUUACGAACUUAGAAACAGAAAAAAGACUUGACGACGUUUUAAGAGAAGGCGACUAUCAAUCUAUUGAAGAACACGUCACUCCAAAAACACUUACAAGCUGUAAGACAAACACUCUUAUCAAAGCGUUUGAGGUAAGUCGUAAAGUAUGAACCGUUUCUAACCCCGUUUAAAUUAUCCUCGCUGUUUGCCAUUAUCAUGGGCUUAAAAUUACCAAGCUACCUCCCUACUCACUUAGGCCAUAUUCACACUAUACUGUGUACCUCUUACGCCGACACGAACACCAUACUGGGUACUCGAAGGCCUACUUUGGGACCUAAAGUCGCCUAAAGUCGCCCAAAAUCGCCUUAAGUCGCCUAAAAUCGCCUUAAGUCGCCUAAAGACGCCUUGGGUCGUCUUUAGUUGCCUUAAGUCACUAAAUCAUUCAAAUCUUAACGAGGUUCAAAUUGUCUUGUAGUUAUUACUUUUUUAGUUUUCUAUUUCCAGAAUGCAUGAUUUCUCAUAAAGUGUGUAAAAACCCGUGGUAUGGUUAUGUAUGCUAAUGCAUGAAUUUAAAACAAAGGAAAACCAAAAAUUAACUGAAAUUAAAAAUUAACUGCAACAUAUUCACUAACAUGUAACUCACCUAAAUGUCACCUUUUUCUCCUUAAGGCGCCUAAAGUCGCCUUAAAUCGCCUUACGUCGCGCAACAUUUUGACCAAAUUUUCCUAAAGUCGCCUAAAAUUACGGCUACUUAAGGUCCCAGAGUAGGCCUACUCGAGGCUUCUGCUUACGGUGAUUACGGCUCGAUUUCUGUGACGAAGCGAAGGCCGCACCGAUCUAGAAAGUGGAGCGUUACUUAUCGGAUAGGUUCUGUGCCACACUUGUGUGGUGUAGUGUGAUCAGGUAUUCGGAACGUAGCGGAAUUUAAUAAAGGAAAGAGGACUUCAACCCAUUAGUAUAAUAUUCUGGAGCGAAGGUUGGGAUUUAGUUUACGAAACCCUCUCUGCCAAACACGAUACUCGAUGUGUGUGAACAACUUGUUCCAGUUCUGAGUUUUUGCUGUUCAUACUAUAGAGUAAAACCCCGCGUAUAAGAACCUGGGUUUUAAGAACCUGUUACAAGAAGAACCCGUGUUGGGCUAAAAUUUUCAUUUUAACCCUCCUCCACAUAGGAACCUAUUAAGGCUAAAAUUUUAAGUUAGGUUCUUAUCAGUGGAGUUGCUGUAAAAGUGUAUCAACUUUGAAAAGGCAUUUCAAAUGAAAUAUCAGAUGAUAUUUAUAAUAUACUUAAAUGAAAUUCAUAUGAAAAUAUAAGAACUUAUUUUAAGAACCUUGGUAGUCUAAAUUUGCUUCAAGCACCAUUUAUAUAAGAACCAGUUAACGCUAAAUUAAAAAGUCCAGGUUCUUAUUCGUGGGUGUUAUUGUUCAGUACACCGAAAUUUUUAGGGAGUUAUUAUAACUCCAAAAAUGGAGUAAAAAUUUUGAGUACAGGAUAACCCCUUUUUGGGGGUUAUUUUAACUCCUAAUUUAACUCCGAAUCUGGGGUCAUUUUUACUCCCGAAAAAGAGUUCUUUUUACUCCCAGUCUGGAGUUAAAAUAACUCCGAAAUGGGGUUACUUUUACUCCUUAUACAUGGGUUGUUUUUACUCUUUUUGAAGUUAACUUAAUUCUGAAAGUGGCGUAAAAAUUUUAGGUACAGGAUAACUCCUUUUUGGGGAUUAUUUUAACUCCUCAAUAUCUGGGGUCACCUUUACUCCUGAAAAAGAGUUCUAUAAACUCCUUUUUGGUGUCCAAAUAACUCCACUGUAAGGAGUUAAAUUAGCUCCACUAGAGGAGUUAUUAUAAUUCCUUGAAAAUUACUGUGUACCUGAUAGCUUUUCGUGUCGGCACCAAACGCUAUCCGCUACAGUGUGAACAUAGCAAGCCUUAAACUCAUUCUAAACUUCUUGAUGUAUGUUUUCUCAAGGUGAAUAAAACACUCAGGGAUUUAGUAAAAAGUGCGGUUAACCCCGAAACAGACGAAAUGGAGACGCUGUCUACGUUAUUAGAUGAAUUCACUUGCGCUUUGGUCGACCCGCUAAGAACCGACAGUGACACAAGAAAUACGUUUAAAAGCUGUUUCGAUUAUGUGGUGAAUAAAGCUAUUGAUACAGAGCAGAAGAAGGUAUGAUAAAUAUUGACAAAAAUACUGGCUCAGAGUAAAGAGUUUUGCGGAACAAAAUUUUGACGUUACCGGUAACCAGUAUAACUUCAUGCAACUUCCUCGGCCAUAUGAGCUUAUCGGUCACAUUAUCGUCCUUUCUAAAGUACUUUGUCAGUGUAGUACUUCCUGGUUUAGUGUUGGAUCAAGGUAUAACCUGCAUCAUUGAAUAACGUACACAACAUAAGUGUCGGAUCCUGGUGUUAAUAGCCCAGCACACUUUACUCACUGACAAAAACAGUGAAGAAAAGCUGACUGUAUAGAACGUGUGACGUCAUGUGGAAAUUAUCGAUAUCGAUAAGGGAAUUGACUAUAAUUGACUCAAAGUAGCUUAAGAUAUUUGGCGUUCAUUAUUUGUUCCAUCCGUUUGCUUGAUACUGGUGACUGAACUGAGUGGAGUACAAUUUGGUCUGAAAUCAUACGCGCGAUUUUAAAAUCGGACAAGCGCGCAGUGCGAGUUCGAUUUGAAACCACAAGUAUGAUUUCAGACCAAAAGUGUACGACAAGAAAUUCAAGUACCAAAAUAUUACAGCCAUUUUGAAAUCGCAGAAUUCAGCGGUCAGUACCAAUAUUUAUUUGACAAAGUAGCCGGUUUGUUGAAAAGCGGAAACAAAAAAAGACUUUUACAUCUCAUUUUGUACCCGGAACAGAAAUGAUGCAAUAUAGAGUGGAAAUCUUUCGAUUUAAAAUAGAAAUAACGUGAUUUUGAACAUGAAUGACGCGAUUUAGGACAGAGGUGAUUUAGAGCAAAGUAGUGCGAAUCACACGGCCGCGAGCCAAUCAGAUUACAGGGAUCACCAGUGAUUUCAAAAUGGAUAUAAUAAAUAUACUACAUAAUUUAGGCUGCUUCUCCGAGUCAGUCAUUUUUAACAAUAUUGACUGGUUAGCUCAGUUGUUUGAGUACCGGUGGGGCUCCUGGUACCAGACAUAGGUUUGGGAGACACAGAAUGACCAUACCAACUCAGGGCUAUAUAGCCUGGGACCAGGCUCCGAAUUGGGGCAAAAAGGAAAAAAAUAAUCGGCGAGCGAAGCGAGCUUAGAGGUAGUCUGGGGAGGGGAAAGGGUGGCGGAGCCUCCGCCGCUAUUUCCCCCUUCCCAGACAACCGUUGGGCUCGCUUCGCUCCCCGAUAUUUUUCCUAUAUUUGUUUUUUGCCUUUUGCCACUGCGGAGCCUGGUUCCAGGCUAAGGGUCACGAAAAUAUCUAAGCAGAAGGUUUUGCCUUUCACAUCUGCCAAUGAUUAACUCCUUUUGGUCUUCUCGGAUAUAAACGAAAACCUUCUAAAAACCAAAAAAACGCUCUUAAAUUGAGCGUCAAUAUCAUAAGAACGAAAGUGCUAAUUGAGAACACUUUUUUUAUGUCUCCUACUGGAAACACCGGGUCUAGGGAUGGAAGUCAAAGGAUAAGUUUCUGAGAUAACAUCCAAACGAAGUGCUAUUUUGACAGGACUGUCCCUUAAACUUGUUGCUUGUUUACCUUCUGUUUUGCCAGUUUGUCUCUCAUCCCGUGGUUUUUAACUUGAUGACUUCAAAGUAUUACCGCUCAUUUACUUCAGAGCGGAAGAAGCCUUGGACAAGCCUCAAACGCUGGGGAUAUUUGUUUCUUAACGUCUGGACCGUGCUUGACAUGUUCUUCUUUCCUCUUUUCUUUGCUCUGUUCUCUGUUGUCCAUUUUGUUAACAAGAAGUUAAGAAAGACCACAGGUUAGUAACCAAAUCAUAGUUCGAGACCUAAGGGGUAGCUAUUCGAGAAGAAAUAUUCUGCUUGCGAUUCGCCAGGACACAUCUACUGCGAUCAGAAGCAAAUUCGAAUGUUUGGGGAACCACAAGGCGCAGAUCCACGAAAGUUUCAACCGUUUUACGGAAAUCGGUCAGUUUUCUCAUAAUGAAUAUCUGACUGGAUUUGUAAAAUACGGCUAUAGAAAUUUCUCUCAUAUCCCUUCACCGAUUGGUGGAGCAUGUUUUUCUUUUUUGUUGUUGUUGUUUUUUUUUUUUUUUUGAUUGUUAGUUUUUAUUAUUUAUUUUUUUAUUUACCGGAUAUUUGCUGAAUACACUGCAGUAGAUGGACUGUCAUGAAUUUCUCACUGGCUAUUAACCUACCCCUCCCUCCCCCAAAAAAAUGCUUUUCAUAACUUCCCAUAAUUCUCUCUGCAUGUCAGUUUGAAAUCAUAGCGCGUAUAGAGACUGAAGUCGACUCUCGUGGUGGGUUGUCUUAGAGUUUUUUUGGCUGGCUUGAGCAAGGUUUUCGGAAGGCAUCAUUAAGCCUGUGAAUAAACAAGUCUCACGAUUGGCAAAGUCUGCUGCGUCCAAUAUCUUCUCGUAUUUCGUCUCAUUUGGCUACACGGGUGAAAGACUGAUCCCGGGCUUGAGACGGAAAGAUUGGAUAUUGCGAGCUUUGUUGUUGGCAGUAAAACGUCUUUGGCCUCACAAAGUUGGUUCUAGAGGUGAAAUCUAUUCAGCUAGAUGGAAAUUGAUGCUGAUGUCUGACCGGGCCAAAGACUUAGUUUUAAAAUUUUUGAAGGCAAGGGCUCUUCUCUUCAGCCGCUGGUUUACAUCCGGGAUCUUGAAUAAAUUGUGUGAGUCGGGAAAAGUUUCCAUGCCACGAUUUAUGUGGAGAAAGCGGGAGUUUAUCGGAGUAAUUUGACAAUGUUUCGCCCGUGUUAAAUGUGGAAAUAUUAUGAGUGGUUUUCGGAAGUGUUGUGAUUGCCACGAAAGUCAUUUAUUGUGUGAUUUAUCGAAGACGUUGACAAACAAAGCUCAGGUAUGCUGUUGAGCUCGUGUUACCAGUGAAACCUGUAUUAAGCGGACACCCUCGGGGAAUGCUGUAGUGUCCGCUUAAUACAGGGUGUCCGCCUAAUACAGGUUUCGAUAUAUAACGUCAUAUGAGGUGCCAAAUGCCAUUCAAAUGAACAGUGGAAGCGUUUAUAAUACUCCCAGAGACUGUGAAGAUAGACAUUUGCAUUAAUUUCUUUAUCAAAGUGAACCAAUUGAUCAUAGUACCAUAAAUCGACUUCGUGAGUGUUUAGUAUAGAUGGUUUUAAUUUUGUCUUAGAAAGCCUAUUCCGUGCUCAAAGGUCGGCAGACACUUAGCUAUGGGCCUCAUGGUUUGACUGACUAAAAGGUUAUAAUUUCUGGACGUUUCAAAUGUUGCCUGUUUCGCAAAAUCCUGUAACUUCUGCGAGAGAAAUUUACCGUCUGUUGCCAGCAAUAAAGUUGUCAUUGUUAAGCCUUAGCUAGUGACUUUCAAAUGCUUUAAAUUCGACUUAGAUGUCAAAUUGUUAAAAUGCCCUUGAAAUUUAUUUAGCCACGUUUCAGCGAAACUAGACAUAUAAUUUUCAAUUAAAAAAAUUUUUCCAUGUUGACAUAUGAAAAAUGGUUUCAACAGUCAGUAAAUAUCCUGUCCGAAUUACUCAGAAACCCAGGAAAAGCGACUUUUGGCAGUCAAAAUCGAAAAAUUUUCCCGGGGAAGCAUGCCUCAGCACACCACUAGAAGCUUACGCUUUCGGUGCUUGUUUAGGAAAUCGGUCAGUAUUUAUCCUAGAUCAGUGCCCGAAUAUUUCGGUAAGAGUAGGUCAGCUCAAGAGCCCUUCCCUCUUUUGAAGGAGUCUUUACUAUAAAUUUUCUCGUAUUACUUUAAAACCUUAAAAACACAUUGGAAUCAAGGAAAAUUCUGAAAUAAUUAAUGAUUAAGUUUUAUUUUAAAUUGCUCUGCUACUAUACUUCAAAUAUAAGUUUAACAUGUCUUUGGCUUUCGAUGGUCAAGAUGGAAAUGAUUGCACAACUUGAAAAAAUUGGGCCAAUUUUUUCCCCUUUUUACUCCUGUGUUGUCGAAAAAUUACCAAAAACUAAUAAUGCCUUAUGUACCCUUGAUAAAAAUCACUUGAUAGCUUUCUUUUAGAGAUCCAAGUUUGAGAAAGAAUAUCUGAGAAUACUUGUCUAUAAUUUCAGCUCAGCUUUGACCAAACAAUGUUGAACUCAUGACGAUAUAGCCCCUUUAUAAAAUAAAACUUUGCAAAGAUUUCGUUGGGAGAAAUCCCGCCCCAGUCAGCUCCUCUUGGACGCGGUUCCUCGAAAGAUCGUUAAAUUUUAACCCAGGAUUAAGCCAAAUUUUAAGUAAGGUUUUCUUCUCUAAAAUACUGUUGAGCCUUUGCUGCGAGCUACGUUAAUGAUAGCACAAAAUGUUACUCUAAACAAUACAUAGGAAGGUAAAAUCCAAAAAUGGAACAAAAUUUUAAUCCUAGAUUAGCGCUAAUAGACUAUCAGGAACCGGGCUCUGGUCCUUAAAAGCCUGGAGUUUGUCACCCACGUUAAUUCUUAAAUUCAUUUCCAUUUUGAUUUUUAUUUUGUAACGAAAGAAUUUUUGUUUAUCUUGUUUCGGUUGACGCGCUCCAUUUGUUUUAGAAACAAAGUUUGUACUGUUGUUUCUUUACAGAAACUGAAAUAUGCUUCCUUGUGGCGAUGACCAAAGAUCUCAAAGAUGCCAUGCGUACUGAAGAAGUCUUUAACUUGAUUAAGAAGACAAUCAGCUACACGAUCCACGAACAUGGCUUCCACUUUACUAAAUACAGUUUUAUUCUUCGUGAAGAGGACAACGCCCUCCAUGCUAUCAACAGUGAAAAUGCAGUACUUGACAGGGUGGAAUCAUUACAGAAAUCAGACUGUCCCCCUCGGCUCUAUGAAGACCUCUGUGAGGCUUGUGAUGCCUUCAAAAGCGCAGGUGAUCCUCUCGCAACAAAAAAGGUGAGGUGAAAACAUAAGGUCAGAAGAUUCACUUAAUUUUGAACCGGGGGGAUUACUCCCCCAUAUAAGUUAUAUAGGUAUUUGCCGCCCCAUCGGGUAGGGUUUCUGCGCCUUUUUGGUCUGAAAACAAGUAUUAAUAGAUUUUGCCCAUUUUGGUCUGGAAUCGGGUAUAAAGUGAAAUGUGCGAAUUCUAAUUAAAUGGAUUUGAAGAACGUUUUUUGUUUGCUCGCUAAUUUAAGUGAUAAUGACAUAAUUUCUGCCAAAAGUUCAGGUCUGAAAACGGGAGUAGAAAAUGAUGUUUUUUGGUCUGAAAUAGGGUCAGGGUUUGAAGAACCGGGCGGCACUCCCCACCAAGAAUUCCCAGGAGUACCCCGCCGGGAUUUUAAAACAUUUCAAAUCAUUUCGAAAACACACUGAGACAGCUCACCACGAAUCGAGACAAAUGUUCAAAACUUGUAGUGACUUAGAUUAACUUAGAGUACCAUAAAAACAACCCUAGUGUCGAAAUAAAUAAAGCGCACACGAGAAAGGAAAAACUAUCAUAGAGCUAUUCAUGUACUGCCGAACUAUUUCGCUUGAAUAGUCCCACUGAGGAUGUUGUCCACAGACUCGCUUUUUAAAAAAAGAGAAAGGCAGAAUAUUAAAUGUCUCAGUAAAAAUAAAAUCAUAAAUUGAGAUAAUAGGUCACAUGGUCUCACAUGGGAGAAACAAAAACCCGGUACACGCACAUUUUAAUGAUGUGCUCGGGAUACUGUACAUAAUACACUAACAGAAGAUAGGCAAGUCAAUAAGUAGAAUCCGUUGUUUCCUGACCAUGUGCCCUUUUCAAAAGAAAUAUAUUUGUUCUUAGAGGGUUGAUUGAUAAAGGGGAAUCAGAUAUAAACGGAAUGUCUUUCAACCUGAGAUCAGGCGGAAUUUUAGCCACUCUCAUACGCCCUCUGUUACCUUGCCGUUGGAAUCUCCUUUACUUAAACCUGAUCUCUGGUUAUAUUUUUCGGCUGAGAAAUUUUUUUGGCCUGAGAUUCUUUGACACCUACGUACUCGAAGCCUUCUUUUGCUGAGUUAGACAACAGUAGUGUGCGUUACGUUUUCCUAAUUGUAAUUUAUAUUUGUCUUCCUGUUUUAGAUACUUGUGGUCUUCACAAAUGACACACUAAGUAAAGUUUGUCCUGGGAAUCCAAAUCUCAGUGAUGUUGUCUGUGAGUUAAAUGAGAAGUUGAGUGUCAAAAUUGUCCCCAUUGGCAUUGGAGAGAGGGUCAACCCAUCAGAACUUAGAAAGAUUUCCGGAAAAAAUACAACCACCGCUCACUUUGGAGAAUACGAGGCACCGAAAACAUUAGGAAAAACUAUUAUACACGGUAAAAAUAUUUUUCUCAAUUCCUCUUUCCCAAUUUAUAAGUAAAUAAUGGAAGUCCGUUAUCUGACAUUCCACAAAAAGGAUUGUCCUUUUUAUUAGGAAUCACAUUACUGCAACCAAAUUGCUUUGGAGAGUAGAAUUCAUUAAGCAUUUUAAAGGCCUGUCAACCAAGUUGCAUGGAAGUGCUACUUCUAAAUCGUAAUUUAUUUAUUUUUGAUUUAUUUUCUGGUUUAUUUAUCCAACAACCGUGCAAUAACUCAUAAACAGUUCUUGCUCGAGAUGAUUUUGCAUCGACGAAAAAUCUCUCAUCAGCACGUUAAAAAACGUCUUACAGGAAACAGCACACGCAGUAAACUAGCUUGAAAAAAUUAUGGGUCACCUGGCUAUCCCAGUUUGCCCCUCGCCUUUUGUAUGUUAUUAAGCUUCUCUAUCAAUUAACCCGUUAGUUCCUAAGAUCAAAAUUUGAAUUCUCAUUUGCUGCCGCUAUUCAUUUCCCACAAACGCAGUGGGGAGAAGUUGAUAAAAUAUCACGAAAAUUCAUCUUGUGUGAUCAUGUCUUUAUUUCUUAUGACCAAUCUGUUUUACAAAGCAUUGAUAUUACAAGGAGAAAUUUGAUGCUGAGCAAUCUUAGAGCUCAAAGGGUUAAACUUCCUCUACGGAGACAUAACAUGAGAUAUAAUGAAUCUGAUCUGUGGUUUUCCCCAUGACAGGAGCUGAUGGAAAGGACAUCUAUGGUAGGAAUUACUACUGUUUCUAUAAGCUUCAAAUAGAAUGUCAGAUCAGAUGGCCUGUUUUUCUUAGUGCAUGCCAGAAGCCCUUUAACAACCUUUUAUGAAGAGAGUUACGUCCUUUAUUAUUAUGGGUUUAAUUUCUGUCGCCAGUCAAAGGUCUAGCUGCUUGUUGUUCUGUUAGUACACAGGCGGCCCAAGCUCACUACAGGAACGCGGACGUGAGUCUUGCUUGCGAGCGGUGUUGUGUUACAAACGGUUAUUUACAAGGGCUUGUAUGGGAUGUAAACGGUUUUUCUUAAAAGAGAGAAAAAAUGUUAUUUUUUAAAUGCAAUCGACUUACCUUAUUGUCUUGUUGUAUUCUUUGUUGUUUGCCCGCGUCUCAGGCCGUUUUGAAGCGUUUUCGGCAAGUUAGCGCUAUUUUGGUGAUCCACUGCUAAGAGAAAGACAAGGCAGAACAGUGAUUUCCGGAGUGUCCGUCGCUCGAGGCGAAUAAUUCUGCUGGAAAAUUACCCCCGGCCUCAAUUCCUCCAGGAAUUCAAAGCAGAGAUGUUGCAGUUCCAUGUCCAUUCAGUCGAUUCGCAAUUUCUCCCACAGAUCGUUCACUAGUGAUGCUUUUAUCUCUUGCUCGAUCGGCUUCCAAGUUUCGUACUAGGCUCUUCUAAACUGCCGUGGACCCGUUCACCGAUCGCAUAGUAUGUCGGGUAACUAAAAUAAGCCCUGCGAGGGUAGCCAGCAGGGCUUACGGUUUUGUUUGUUUGUCGACUGCAGGCAGCUGGCAUACAACAAGGCAAUAAGGUAUAAGUCGAUUUUAUUUAAAAACAUAACAUAUUUUCUCUCUUUUAAGAAAAACCAUUUACAUCCCAUACGAGCCUUUGUAAAUAACUGUUUGUAACACAACACCACUAGCAAGCAAGAGUCACUUCCGCGUUCCUGUAGUGAGCUUGGACCGCCUGUGGUCAGUAUAGCUGCAAGCUCUAAGAUACGUAAUGACAUGGCAUAUAUUUCUAGUAAAAUGGCAAACCAAAUGUAAAUAGUUUUGAAUACAGUAAAAAAACUGCAACUAAGGACCUGGUUUUUAAGAACCUGUUAGGCUAAAAUUUGCCAGUUAGGCCCCCUUUUAUAGAAGAACCUGUUUGACCUAAAAUUUGAAACAGGUUCGUAUUUUCUACAAUCUAUAGAAAAAAUUCUGUACACUUGGGCAAAAGGGCUUCAAAAUGCAAGUGGUCAGUGCUUCAGUCCUUCUUCUCAUAACACUAUAAAUUUAGUAGGCAGAAGGAAUAAGCUGAAUACCACUAAAUACUCAUAGCCACCAUGCUUUUGUUUUCUUUGAGUUUGACUGGGUCCAAUGUCGCGGUCGCGGGUCCAAUGUCGCGGUCGCGGGUCUAUUAGUCAAAUUCGUUUUCUUCAGAAAAUAAGAACCUAUUUAAGAACCUUAAUAAUAUACACGAAAAAAUUACUUAAUUCUGAUUGGCUGAGAAAGGAGUGCAGCUCUUCUGUAACACGACUGCAAAAUGUGUAACACGAGUGCAAACUUGUAACACGAGUGCAAAUUACAAAUGCUUUCUGAUUGGCUGAAAACACAAAAGAAACCAACAAGAACCAAUCAGAUUAGAGAUGUUUUAAGAACAAAAAUUCAAGAAAAUGGCCAUGGUUUUCAGCAGACGACAGCGGGAUUUAAUUUUGUAAGCAAAACAACAAUAGAAAAGUUAAAAAUAUUCCAAAAACCCGAACACAGUAAAAAGUACGUCUUUCUGGCUAAAUGUAUUGAAAAUGCGUUGCUAAGAGAAAAAUACUGUCAACAAAAUCGAGGAAAAUGAGCCAGAGAAACUAGAAAACAAGCUACUUAUAACAGACUACGCUAAAGUAAAAAAAUAAAGAACAAAAACGGUUGCAACCACACACAAACCAUGACAGCUACAGAAUGAACAAGGAUAGAAUUCCAUGAUAACAACAGGGAUUUCAAGUCAUGUACGUAAUUUGUUGCUCUCUUUGAGUCUUGUGGAGCGAAGACCUCUAUUAAAACAUCCAUGCGAUGGUCUGUGUUUUUUUCUACCUCAGUAGCAAACGAAACCGAAAAUUUAAACAUCUGGUCCAAACUAAACCAAUGGGCGAAAAUACCACAACUCACAUAAUGAAAGUAUCCGCAGCUGGUACUUGCCUUAAAGAAAGUGAGAAAAAAGUUUACGAAUCAUUGUACAAGAAAAACAACAGUCAGGAUGCUGAAGAAGCAAAGAUUGUAAGUUCAGAACAUAUCGUCAGUGUCACAGGUCACAGAGGUAUAAAUUUCCUUAACGAGCACGAUGAAGCCGACUAAGAAGAGCUACGAUGACUCUUGCAGUAGGCCAAAUAAGAUAAUUAAAACUCCAGCGCUGAUAUAAAGCAAAUAUUAUAUAAUACUGGCAGUUUCCGACAUCACAACAAUUGUGGCUCCACUCACCCAUCGAUGGCAGCGUCGAAGGAAAACAAAUUGCCUCCUUCAUUUUUGGGUUUUAAAUCUCAAAAAUUUGUUCAUGAAUCCGGCUAUGAUGAGGUCCCAGGAACAGACAAUGAUAAACAGUCGUUAAAAAACCUUAGCAAGUGUCUUUCAUCUUUGGCUGCUCGAAGCGUUCUCCUGAUUUCAAAACGGCAGUAUACUGCUUGAAAACGCCGAGCUCUCAUAAUCGAGGAUGAAUUUAAAAACACUUACUUUUCCUGAUUGUUGUAAACCAAGUUAUCUUUAACCGGCUGGUGACCAUAUAAAAAAAAUCCUUGCACAUUUCCAAGUUCUCAGCUGAAUGAUUUUGAAAGCAUUGGUCUUGAAAAAGUUUGAAUUUGGCAAAGGUAGUAGUCUGUUUCAGCCAAUCAGUUGAAUGAACUAAAAACGCGCGCGCUGUCAAAAUUUGUUGUUGUAGUUAUGUUUUUCGUGUAUAUCAUUAAUAAGGAAUCACAUGAUUUUUCUCGUGCAAUUUGGAAUAAAUAAGCACUUGUAAAUUUUUCAAAGACCACAAAGUGCACUCGCACUACGGGCUCGUGCACUUUUGUUGGUCUUUGAAAAAUUUACUCGUGCUUAUUUAUUCCAAAUUGCACUCGAAAUCAUGUGAUUACCUAUACAAAUUGCCUAAAUUUGUGCAAAUUACAAUUCAUGUAAGAACCUGGUUAGGCUAGCUAAUAGGCUAACUUAGUUGUGGGUUUGUACUCUAUGAAUUAAAGAGAAUGGAUGGCUAUAAAGGGUUAUAAAGGUGAAAGAGAGGAGAGAAGAUAUCGAUCGACUGUCGGAAGUUGUUUCCUUGGUAAUGAUUAUCUCGGUAACGACCAAACUAAAUCAACUGACCAAAAUCAUGCAUCUGAAAAUUUGCAUUUUAUCAGAGGGUACAAAACAUUGGGCGCUAUUUUUUUGACAUAAUUGAAGCAAAACGUGACGUCAUGCUGGUGGUGACGUCCUUUGGUGAUGGUGACGUCAUGGUGAUGUCAUGUUGAUGUCAUGCUAGUGAGCUUUCCUUUCUACCUCCCUUUCAGUCGGAGUUUUGUGUCCAUGACAGUCUGAUCUUUUCCCUUUUACAGAUCUAUAUCUGGAUUAUUUCACAACUCCAUACUUCAUAUUCCUCCGUGAUUCUUUGAGCUACCUGACGCUUCUUGGCCUGAACUCUUACCUUUGUUUGACGCCUCCAACUAUUGCCUUCAGUCGGGUGGAAUGGGCCAUUUUCGUUUUCUUUGUUGCACGUAUAUUGAUGGAGAUCGACCAGUUUAUGGGCGCUAAAAUAGCUGAGAAAAAAGCAACAAAGCAAAGAUUGCUUCGUGGAUCAACUUACGUAAAUCUCCCAUCACCACCCGAAAAAAGGGAAACUGCCAAGAGUUCAUCAGCUAAUCUCCUUAAGUGGUUCUCCAAAUAUUUCAGGUACAUUCUGUCUCAAGCUGAAGACGAGAGACUAAAUAGAAAUUAACUGUGGAAGUUCUUGUCCACAGCAACAAAUUAUCCCCUAGCAAAUUUUCUUAUGAAAAAAAAAAGGAUGUUCGUCGACUCGCUUAGGGGUGUAAAUUACAGACUUUGGUCUCAAUUGGGGUGUUGAGGGCAGAACACGAUAUUUUUUACCCAUACAUGUAUCGCUUAGCGUGGUGCGUAAAGAAUUGUCGUAAAACAAACCAAAGGUCAUCUUACUGUUCUGAAUACAAAAUUCGAUUUCAACAUCUUUAGGACCAUGGAAUCACUCUCGCUCAUACCUGUUUAUCUGUUCUGGUACAGUCUUCUUAAGGAGUCAAAUAAAGCCUUAACCGUUGCAAAGUCUAUCGAAAUCAGCCGGGGAUACUAAAAAGAGCAGAAAAAUUAAGGUAACAUUUUCUGGAGAUUCCAAAACAAAAUGGCGUCAGCCAUUUGAUUUGCCAACCAGUGUUUUUGGUUUUCCCAAAUAACGGUACGUUGUCCUAGUAACCUUAAGAGGCGACUCUGUCUUCAUCCGGGAAUUCAAGCGCGUCCCCAAGGCUUUUGUCCCUUAGAAAAUGGAAGGGGCAGGCAAAAGGUAUCCCAUGAGGCAACUGAGAUGUAUUGCUUCAGUUUUUGCAAAGUGCAAUCCGUUGUUUACGGAAGUUGGGGAAUUCCGUGCGAUGUGACCUAGAAAUAAACCAUACUGUUAAAUCUUAAAUUAAACCAGCCAGGGAUACAAUAAGUAUGUUACCUACUUGUUUUCUGGCCCCCUCGGUUCCUUUAUUGGGAGGUAUUCAAGAAGACAAUGCUCCGUAUUUUUGCCUCAUUUUGAAUUUUUAGAUGGGGGGCGAUCUCCACAGUGAAAAGCUUUAUAAUUUAGAGCCUUUUGUAUAACAUACUACCCAAGUUCACCAGUCCGUAGCUUAUAUUGCAUUGUGCGGACGUUUGUGAACACAGACUUCCGCAGAAAAAGAAAUCUAAAAUGGGCAGAAAGUCCGACAUUUUGGUCGUCGUUUCGGUUGACUGGCUCCUGGCGAUUGUUCUACUGAUAAAGCUACACAAGAAACUCACUGUGUAGAGCUUAAUUACAUUGUAUUGGGUUCUAAUUUUUACAUUUACAUUAUCUAUUCGUAGCGAUCUUUGGAACAGGCUUGACUUCAUCAUUGUCGUUACUUACGUGGUAACCUUUAUUCUGCGCGUGUUCACUUGGGCGACAUCCGCUGCAAUUGCUGACAACAGGCCCUUAGCCAUAGCUGGAUGCCUUUAUGGCUUUAUCACUAUGUUCCUCGCCCUACGAACCUUUGGUCACGUGAUGGAAUGUACGAGAGGAAUGGGCCCCACACAAAUUGCCUUGUUCUUUAUUAUUUGGGAUGUGCUGGUAAUAUUUUGGCAGUUCCUGGCGACAAUAGUGGCGUUUUCCUUGGUCAUUACUAAGAUCUUUGUAUCUGAGAAAUACUAUCUGUCAAAUGGGAAAACUCAUGGUUCUCUGUAAGUACCGUAAAUCAUUAGUGGGUAUCAUGCAUUUUAUAUAUCCUCUUCCCUCCAAAGAAGUAUUCGGGAAAUAAAUCGAAACAAUUCGUGUAGUGAGUCUAACCCGCGAACGAGCUCUCUAUUUGCAGGAUAUCGCACGAAGUCAACGCGAGCGGUACUUGAAAUGAGACGUGGAAGCGAGGGGCAGAGAAAGAAAAGAUUCCCACCCCUAGCGGCUUUGCUGCGCACUUGAGCGUCCUCUUACGGCUUGCUUUGCUCGCCACUUGAAAUGGAAGUUUACCUACCGGCCUACAUAAGCCUUGUAUGCAUUUUUUAUAGACAUAGGAUGGGAUCGUUUAAGCGCACCUCUUCCAGGUGCGUCAUAGUUUCUGCGUUUUGAAACAUUUAGCCUAACUUUUUCAAAUUUGUUGAUUUUAAUACUUGUUAAUCUCCUCCAUUCUAAAGCGUUACAGUAUCAAAUCGGCAACAAAUGUUCAUCGUUCAGUUACCAAAUAGAGCACUGUGAGAUCCAAUCGAGCGUAUACAGCAGUUGUAUUCUAGACUACUAU